AUGGGCUCUGAGAACCGCAACAUAUCUCGCUUUGAAACCACAGCCGUCUACACCCAUCCAGAUGCUAAAGUCGACAUUGUCCUCGUUCACGGCCUCAACGGUAAUCCCGAGAAGACAUGGACUGCAAGCGAUGGCACCUUCUGGCCAACCGAUUUAUUACCCAAGGCUCUCAAAGGCGUUCAAGCCAAUGUUCUCGUCUACGGAUACAACGCCGAUGUAUACUCUCGCAAGAAUGACCGCAGCGCAAGCGACAACUUCAUCCAUCAACAUGCCCAGACACUCGUCACCAGUCUCACCUUGUACCGAAAGAGCGAGGGAACCUUUCAAAACCCCAUUAUCUGGGUCUGUCACAGCCUCGGCGGCAUCUUGGUGAAGCGGGCGCUGCUCUACUCAAACGACCUGCGCAUGACACAUCACGAAGACUUUCGAUCGAUAUAUGUGUCCACCUUUGGUCUCAUCUUCCUUGGCACUCCCCACGUUGGCUCAGAUGCAGCUACCUGGGGGCUUAUGCUACAGGGCAUGGCGGAUGCCAUUAUGCCCAGAAAGUUCUUCGAGUCCGAAUCCGUACUCCUCAAGACGUUGAAGAAGGACAACGAGACGCUGGCCAACAUCAACAACCAUUUUCUGGACAUCUACCAGCGUUUCAGGAUCCACAUGGUCCACGAGAACCACAAAACCGACAUCAAAGGCACCAAAAUCACCAUUGUUGACGCCAGCUCAGCGAGCCCCCAACUUCCCGGCGUGACAUACUACGGUGUCGAAGCCUCCCACUCCCAAAUGUGCAAGUUCGGAAGCGCCAACGCCCCUGGUUUCCGAGCCGUAUCUACCGAUAUUCGCGAAUGGGUCCAAGAGGCACCAGCCCUCAUCAACGUGCGCUGGGAAGCCGAACAACAAGACAAGGCUACCCGCAUGCGACACGAGAUUCAUGAACGAAUGUCUCCAUUUAUGUCCCCGUCUCCGGCAUUCGUAACUUCAUCCCCUCCACGUCGAGGGAGCGACAUUUCCAACAUUUCAUCACUGUCUCUUAGUGAUGUGUCGAGUAUUCCUUCGCUGUCGCUUUCUCCGUCUCCUGUUCCGAGGACGUUUCUUGCUGCACCUCCUAGACACGAUGGCAGUGCGUCCCCGAUGCCGACUGUCAUUGUGGUGGACGACAUGGGGGAGGUUGCCGAGCAGCUGUAUAGGCUGAGAAGAUGA